AAGAUAAGAUAGCAAGGUUUAUACAAAUCUCCUCUGUUGAAAACUAAAUGUUAGUCUGAAGGAAAUGUGAGAUGAUGUCUAAAUGCUUUUUAUUGUGGAGAUAAAGUUUACAAAGUGCCUGGCUGGGUAGAUUAGACAGUGGAUUGCGCAGUCAGAUGGAACGGUGUAAAUAGGCAUUUUAAUGUCAUUAGAGUUAGCUGGUGGUAAAUUGUCAUAUAGACACCGACAGGAAGGCGGUUUUACCCAAUCAGCAUUCAGGAUUAGACUCACCUGCUGUAUAAUAGGCAAUAACAAACACUUGGACCAUAUAAACUAAAGUUAAUCUUCAACAGUGAAUGCUGUGUAUGGCCUAUUUCACAGCUGGUCCAAAGUUCCUAACCAGCUAUUGACUAGCAAGCCUCUAUUGGCCUAAUAUGUGCUGUAGUAGCUAGCCAACUCUGUUUCUAGCUUCACAAUGAACAAAAACACAGAAAUAAGCACCAAGACAAGACUGCACAAUGGAGGUAAAACUAAAAUGACAAUGGACUGGAACACCAGGACACCGAUUUGCUACUCGUGCUAUGUCUAGAAAAAUUAGGAAUGUUUGGAGAAACACUGAUUAAUUACCGUCAUGCCCAGACAGUGUGUGAAAGGCUUGAAUCCUAGGGGGAAACUUGAUUUCUUGCAUACUCUCUCCUCAAAACAAUUAAUUGGAUGGAGUUUGGUAAGGAGGCACAAGACAAGGACAGAUGCCGUUAGGAAUCACAUCAACAAAAAAUCCUAUAUUCACAUUGGGUCAAACUGUGUCAGUGUGGCUUUAAUCAUUAAUUGCCAUCAUUGCAUUGAUCCCCUCUCAAUGAGAAGUUGCCAUAACCUGAUGGAGUGGAGUGAGUCCCAAACCAUACUAAACAAAAAAAUGAAUGCAACAUAUAAAGUGGUGGUCCCAUGUUUCAUGAGCUGAAAUAAAAAAUCCCAGUACCAUACACACAAAAAGCUUAUUUCUCUAAAAUGUUGUGCAUACAUUUGUUUACAUCCCUGUUAGUGAGCAUUUCUCCUUUGCAAAGAUAAUCCAUCCACCUGAAAGGUGUGUCAUAUCAAUAAGCUGAUUAAACAGCUGGGGACAAUAAAAUACCACUCUAAAUUUUGUCACACAACACAAUGCCACAUAUGUCUCAAGCUUUGAGGGAGCGUGCAAUUGGCAUGCUGACUGCAGGAAUGUCCACCAGAGCUGUUGCCAGAGAAUGUUAAUUAACAGAAUGUUAAUUUCUCUACCAUUCUCAACCACUUUCGAUGGCCACUGUUAUGCUGGAGAAGUGUGGUCUUCAUGGAUUAAUCCCAGUUUCAACUGUACUGGGCAGCUGGGAGACAGCCUGUAUGGCGUCGUGUGGGAAAACAGUUUGAUGAUGUCAGCGUUAUGUACAGCGUGCCCCAUGGUGGUGGUGGGGUUAUGGUAUGGUCAGGCAUAAACUACAGACAAUGAACCCAAUUGCAUUUUAUCGAUGGCAAUUUGAAUGCAACAGAGGUACCGUGACGAGAUUCUGAGGCCCAUUGUCGUGACAUUCAUCCGCCGCCAUCACCUCAUGUUUCAGAAUGAUAAUGCACAACCCCAUGUCACAAGGAUCUGUACGCAAUUCCUGGAAACAUAAAUUGUUGCAGUUCAUCCAUGGUCUGCAUACUCACCACACGUCACUCAUUGAGCAUGUUUGGGAUACUCUGGAUCGACAUGCACGACAGAUUGUUCCAGUUCCCGCCAAUAUCCAUAAACUUUGCACAGCCAUUGAAGAGGAGUGGGACAACAUUCCACGGGCCACAGUCAACAGCCUGAUCAACUCAAUGCAAAGGAGAUAUUUUGCGCUGCAUGAGGCAAUUGGUGGUCACUCCAGAUUCUGACUGGUUUUCUAAACCACGCCUAGGGCUAUGGUGACCAUAUUACCGCCACACGGGCGGUCACAAGCCAUGAAGGCAGUCAAAUUCCACGUCACUGUUUAAACACGGUAAUUAUUCUUCAAGCUCUGAUGCUGCUGAUGGUCAUUAGUAGAUUACCCAACUUGCUAACUGCCUGGUACUCACCACUUUGUUGUCCCUCUAAUCACUCUGAUGUCAAUGCAAAUGUAACCAAAAAUCUUAUCAAACACUUCAUUAGAGCUGAACAGAGUGGUGGCCUCUAUUAGAAAGAGUAACCCAACCACCGUCUAUAGGCUAGGCCUACUACAGUUGAAGUUGAAAGUUUACAUAAACUCGUUUUAAUGACUCCAACCUAAGUGUUUCAAACACUCCACAAAUUACUUGUUAACAAACUAUAGUUUUGCCAAGUCAGUUAGGACAUCUACUUUGUGCAUGACACAAGUCAUUUUUCCAACAAUUGUUUACAGACAGAUUAUUUCACACAUAAUUCACUGUAUCACAAUUCCAGUGGGUCAGAAGUUUACAUACACUAAGUUGACUGUGCCUUUAAACAGCUUGUAAUAUUCCUGAAAAUGAUGUCAUGGCUUUAGAAGCUUCUGAUAGGCUAAUUGACAUCAUUUGAGUCAAUUGGAGGUGUACCUGUGGAUGUAUUUCAAGGCCUACCUUCAAACUCAAUGCCUCCUUGCUUGACAUCAUGGGAAAAUCAAAAGAAAUCAGCCAAGACCUCAGAAAAAAAACUAGACCUCCACAAGCGCCUGACGAUACCACGUUCAUCUGUACAAACAAUAGUAUGCACGUAUAAACGCUAUGGAACCACGCAGCCGCCAUACCGCUCAGGAAGAACACGCGUUCUGUCUCCUAGAGAUGAAUGUACUUUGGUGUGAAAAGUGCAAAUCAAUCCCAGAACAACAGCAAAGAACCUUGGAAAGAUGCUGGAAGAAACCGGUACAAAAGUAUCUAUAGCCAAAGUAAAACGAGUCCUAUAUCGACAACCUGAAAGGCCACUCAGCAAGGAAAAGCCACUGCUCCAAAAUCUCCAUAAAAAAGACAGACUACGGUUUGCAACUGCACAUGGGGAAAAAUAUCGUACUUUUUGGAGAAAUGUCCUCUGUUCUGAUGAAACAAAAACAGAACUGUUUGGCCAUGAUGACCAUCGUUAUGUUUGGAGGAAAAAGGUGGAGGCUUGCAAGAAGAAGAACACCGUCCCAACCGUGAAGCACAGGAGUGGCAGCAUCAUGGCGUGGGGGUGCUUUGCUGCAGGAGGGACUGGUCCACUGGAAAGUGACCUCCAUUCACUAUUUAUAACCCUGCCCAUUUCGAGACAUGAUAAUGGUCCAUUUCUAAAUCAAAACCAAUUUCAUCCAUAUAUUAUUUAGUAUAUGCAAAGACAAGAUUAUACCUAGAAUGGUCUGUUAGGUGACAAUAAUUGCCUAUUACUUGUAAAUGGAGUAUUAUCACUUGUGAUAAAAGCAGAAAUACCUUGGAAUUGAGCUCAGGUGCAUCCUGUUUCAAUUGAUCAUCCUUGAGAUGUUUCUACAACAGGAUUGGAAUCCACAUGUGGUCAAUUCAAUUGAUUAGACAUGAUUUGGAAAGGCACACACCUGUCUAUAUAAGGUCCCACAGUUGACAGUGCAUGUCAGAUUAAAAACCAAGCCAUAAGGUCGAAGGUAUUGUCCAUUGAGCUUCGAGGCAGGAUUGUGUCGAGGCACAGAUCUGGGGAAGGGUACCGAAACAUUGCUGCAGCAUUGAAGGUCCCCAAGAACACAGUGGCCUCCAUCAGUCUUAAAUGGAAGCAGUUUUGAACAACCAAGACUCUUCCUAGAGCUAGCCACCCAACCAAACUGAGCAAUCGGGGGCAAAGUGCCUUGGUUAGGGAGGUAAACCAAGAACCUAUAUGGCACUCUGACAGAGCUCCAGAGUUCCUCUGUGGAGAUGGGAGAACCUUGCAGAAGGACAACCAUCUCUACAGCACUCCACCAAUCAGGCCUUUAUAGUAAAGUGACCAGAUGGAAGCCACUCCUCAAUAAAAGGCACAUGACAGCCCGCUUGGAGUUUGACAAAAGGCACCUGAAUACUCUCAGACCAUGAGAAACAAGAUUCUCUGGUCUGAUGAAACCAAGAUUGAACAUAUUUUGGCCAGAAUGCCAAGUGUCACUUCUGGAGGAAACCUGGCACCAUCCCUACCGUGAAUCAUGGUGAUGGCAGCAUCAUGCUGUGGGGAUGUUUUUCAGAGGCAGGGACUGGGAGAUUAGUCAGGAUCAAGGAAAAGAUGAACGUAGCAAAGUACAGAGAGAUCCUGAUGAAAACCUGCUCCAGAGUGCUCAGGACCUCAGACUGGGGCGAAGUUUCACUUUCCAACAGGACAAUGACCCUUACCACACAGCCGAGACAACGCAGGAGUGGCUUCGGGACAAGUCUCUGAAUGUCCUUGAGUGGCCCAGCCAGAGCCCGGACUUGAACCUGAUCAAACAUCUCUGGGGAGACCUGAAAAUAGCUCUGCAGCGACACUCUGCAUCCAACCUGACAGAGAUUGAGAAGAUCUUCAGAGAAGAUUGGGAAUAACUCCACAAAAACAGGUGUGCAAGUUUGUGGCAUCAUAACCAAGAAGACUCAAGGCUGAAGUCCCUGCCAAAGAUGCUUCAAGAAAUUACUGAGUAAAGGGUCUGAAUACUUUUGGAAAUGUGAUAUUAUUAUUUUUAUAGACAAUACUGUUCAAAAGUUUGGGAUUACUUAGAAAUGUCCUUGUUUUUUAAAGAAAAGCACUUUUUUUUGUCCAUUAAAAUAACAUCACAUUUAUCAGAAAUUACAGUGUAGACAUUGUUAAUGUUGUAAAUUACUAUUGUAGCUGGAAACGGCUGAUUUAAAAAUGAAAAAUAAAAAUGUAUUGAAUAUCUACAUAGGCCCAUUAUCAGCAACCAUCACUCCUGUGUUCCAAUGGCACGUUGUGUUAGCUAAUCCAAGUUUAUCAUUUUAAAAGGCUAAUUCAUUCUUAGAAAGCCCUUUUGCAAUUAUGUUAGCACAGCUGAAAAUUGUUGUCUGAUUAAAGAAGCAAUACAACUGGCCUUCUUUAGACUAGUUUAGUAUCUGGAGCAUCAGCAUUUGUGGGUUCAAUUACAGGCUCAAAAUGGCCAGAAACAAAUAACUUUCUUCUAAAAACUCAUCAGCCUGUUAUUGUUCUGAGAAAUUAAGGCUAUUCCAUGCGGGAAAUUGCAAAGAAACUGAAGAUCUCGUACAACGCUGUGUACUACUCCCUUCACAGAACAGCACAAACUGGCUCGAACCAGAACAGAAAGAGGAGUGGGAUGCCUUGGUGCACAACUGAGCAAGAGGACAAGUACAUUAGAGUGUCUAGUUUUAGAAACAACUGUCCCAGACUGCAUUUGGAAUAUUUAUUUCUCACGGCAACACAAAGCUGAUGCCGCCGGGAAAUUCAAGACAUUAUCAAUUGCUUGUCAAAUUGUGAAUGAGAGACUGAUGAAGUGUGUACGGCCUGCGCAAAAAAAAACAAAGCAGAGCUCAUGCCUUUCAUGCAACUUUUUACAAAGCAUCAUGCAGCCUUACAACGUAUUAAACAUCUAAACAUAUAGCCCAUCGUUUGUAGAACAACUAAAGUUACAUUAAUAACUCUAAAUUAAGCAUAUACUGUAGGAGUACCUAUUUAUUAGUUAAACGCUGAACACAGAAUAGCUUCAUGUGCUCACUGCCUCAAAUCGUUUGGAGGAAAUAUCCUUUCAAUUCAAUCAGCUUUGUUCAAUUGUAUUCUUAUGCUAUAAAAUAAUAUAAAUAAUGCCAUGGAAUUCUAAGAAGAUCUUGUCUGCUAAAAUAACUUGUGUAGCCCAUAGCCAGAUGAGGACCUAACAUAAGGACUAGUAUGCUAUUCUGUUCUUCUGAAUUAGACUACAUUUUCUUCAUAUCAUGUUUCUUUAGACUUGUCUAAAAUAAAUAAUGGAUUUAUUAUGAAUGUGUAGACUAUAUUACAUGGAUUUAUUAGACUUUUUCAAAUGUAGAUGUACCAAAAGGUCUGCAUCAGUAGCUUGUAGGCUAUGUGUGGAAGCCAGUUGUGUUUGUUAAUUAACGGUCAAUUACCGUGAGACCAGCAGUUUCCAGCUGACAGAAUUGUGUGACCUCCACUGCCCUAUCCACGCCCCUACCUUUUUAAAGGUGUCUGUGUACUCCCAGUCAUGUGAAAUCCAUAGAUUAGGGCCUAAUGAUUUUAUUUUAAUUGACUUAUUUCCUUAUAAACGUCUUCUCAUUUUCAGCAAACUAUGACUUUAAUUGCCUACCGUCUGUAAGUUGUUAGUGUCUUAACGACCACUCCACAUUAGAGGUCGACCAAUUAAUCGGGAUGGCCGAUUAAUUAGGGCCGAUUUCAAGUUUUCAAAACAAUCAGAAAUCGGUAUUUUUGGGCGCCAAUUAUUAUAAUUUUUUUAUAUAAAUAAAUGUUAUACCUUUUAUUUAACUAGGCAAGUCAGUUAAGAACACAUUCUUAUGUUCAAUGACGGCCUAGGAACGGUUCUGCCUUGUUCAGGGGCAGAACGACCUUGUCAGCUUGGGGGAUCCAAUCUUGCAACCUUAGAGUUAACUAGUCCAACGCACUAACCGCCUGCCUCUCAUUGCACCCACGAGGAGCCUGCCUGUUACGCGAAUGCAGUAGAAGCCAAGACCAUGACGGAGGAGGCUUUCGAUGUGGUGGUGGUGGGUUCCUGUAUGACUGACUUGGUCAGCCAGGCACCAAGGCUACCCAAGGCAGGAGAGACCAUCCACGGUCACAAGUUCUUCAUUGGUUUCGGAGGCAAAGGGGCAAACCAGUGUAUUCAGGCCGCCAGAAUGGGAGCCAAGACUGCCAUGGUCUGCAAGGUUGGCAAAGACUUCUUUGGAGAAAACUACAUCCAGAAUUUCAAGGACAAUGGUGUAUCCACAGAGUUUGUGGGGCAGACGGUUGACUCGGCCACUGGUGCUGCCUCCAUCAUUGUCAACGAUGCAGGGGAGAAUGCCAUUGUGAUCGUGGCUGGUGCCAACCUGCUACUGGGUGGCGAGGAUCUGCGGCGGGCACUGCCAGCCUUAAGCCAUGCCAAGGUAAUGGUGUGCCAGCUGGAGAUCAGCCCGGACACCUCCCUGCAGGCCCUGCGCCUGUCCCAUGAGAACAACGUGAAGACCAUUUUCAACCCAGCGCCGGCCAUUCCAGACCUGGAUCCUGAAUUCUAUAGAGCAUCCGAUGUGUUCUGCUGUAACGAAUCAGAGGCAGAGCUGCUGACGGGGGUGGCUGUGGCGAGUAUAGAGGAUGCUGGCCGGGCCGGUGAGGAGCUGCUGAGGCGAGGCUGCAGCUCGGUCAUCAUCACCCUGGGCUCCCGGGGCUGUGUUGUGCUGUCGGCACAGGAGCCCUCGUCCCCAUCACACCAUGUCCCCACCAAGCCGGUGACAACAGUGGAUACCACGGGAGCUGGAGACAGUUUCAUUGGUGCCCUGGCCUUCUACAUGGCUCACUUCCCUACAAUGUCCCUGGAAGAGAUGGCCAGGAGAGCCAAUCAGGUGGCAGGAGUGAGUGUACAGACAAUUGGGACACAGGCAUCAUAUCCCUCUAAAAAGGACCUACCCACAGACCUUUUCUAGAGAAGACAGCAACUUGCACGCUAAAUGGACACAGUUCAGGCUCACAGUCUAAAACACUGUGCCAAGUACUGUAUCAAGUAAUUAAACGACUAUGUAAAUAACUUAA